UCUAUUUCAAAGAGUAACCCCAUCGCCGUCGUUCCAUCGAUUUAUCCUUCAUCUCUGCCCACUGAAUUCUCAGUGAGUUUUAAAAGAAUCAAACACAAGAAAGCUCAUAUUCAAACAACUCCAGCUCCAGGCUUUUUGACAUUGGAUUCAUGGGUUAUUUUCUGCGAAAAGCUUCGUCUACUUUGGGUAGAAAGUCCAUACUUCGGAUCGUAGCCAUUGGUGCUGCUAGUUAUGGUCUUCUUUACUUGAACAACAACCCGAACUCGAAAGCAACGGUGAAACUGUCAACUACUACACUAUUGCGUGGACAACUCUCAUUGCAAGGGCAUUCUUCUUUUGUUUCCUCUUAUUAUUGGCAAUUUGGGAAUUUUCCAUUACUUUUAUCUAGAGUUGAUCCAGCUCCAGCUAUAGAUAUCACAAAUGAAGCUCCAGUAGCAGUUGAAGAGGGAGGAAAACCAAGUUGCGGAUGUUUAGGCAAGGAUUAUAUUGUGAAUGCAGCUGCGAAGGUUGCUCCCGCUGUUGUCAACCUGUCUGUUCAGCGAGAACUUUAUGGGUUUUCAACUGGGAGGAGUAUGUGUUCUGGAACUAUUAUUGAUGCAGAUGGUACUAUUUUAACAUGUGCUCAUGGCGUAGUUGAUUCUCAAGGCAGGCGACUAACAACCAAUGGAAAGGUUGAUGUCACUUUGCAAGAUGGCCGAACAUUUGAAGGUACAGUAGUGAAUGCUGAUUUGCAUUCUGAUAUUGCAAUAGUUAAGAUCAAAUCUAAAACUCCACUUCCAACUGCAAAACUUGGUUCUUCAAGCAAGCUUCGCCCUGGGGAUUGGGUGAUAGCCAUGGGUUGCCCCCUUACCCUUCAGAAUACUGUAACAGCGGGUAUUGUGAGCUGCGUUGAUCGUAAAAGCAGUGAUUUGGGUCUCGGAGGGAUGCGCAGAGAGUAUUUACAAACUGAUUGUGCAAUCAAUGCUGGAAAUUCUGGUGGCCCCCUUGUUAAUAUUGAUGGAGAAAUUAUUGGAGUUAAUAUUAUGAAAGUAGCAAUUGCCGAUGGAUUGAGUUUUUCGAUACCCAUCGACUCAGUUUCCAAAAUUAUAGAGCAUUUCAAGAAGAACGGGAGAGUUAUAAGGCCUUGGCUUGGAUUAAAAAUGCUCGAUCUUAAUGAGUUAAUCAUUGCUCAACUUAAAGAAAGAGAUGCCAAAUUUCCUGAUGUUGAGAAAGGCAUACUUGUUCCUAUGGUAACCCCAGGUUCUCCAGCUGAUCGUGCUGGAUUCCGUCCGGGUGAUGUUGUUAUUGAAUUUGAUGGAAAACCAGUUCAAAGUAUCAAGGAGAUUAUUGGUAUAAUGGAUGAUAGAAUCGGGAAACCGUUGAAUGUUGUUGUGAAAAGAGCAAAUAAUGAAGUGGUCAAAUUGACUGUGAUCCCUGAGGAAGCUAAUCCGGAUAUGUGAGAGGCAUGGUUAAAUCUACUUUAAAGCUUUGGGAAGGGUUAUACAUUAUAUUUCAUGUCCCUUCACGAGUUACAAUUUUUUUUAUAGAAAGACAAACAAAGAAAUGAUUAGGAGAAAUGUUCUUGAGUU